AUGAAGAAGCGACGCAUAACCAGUCCGGCGGGGGACACAGAUGAAUAUGGAUUUGUUGGCCCCGAAGAGGCGAAGAUUCCAACUCGUUUCGGCUUCCGCAUUGCGUUGCCACGAACAGCACGCGUUUGCCACGCGUGGCGGCUCCUCAAAGAUUGGCUGCCGCUAAUUGCUGGAUUCGGAAUGAUUGGCGCAUGCGCAGCGGUCGGCUACUCCUAUACGCGGUUCGAGGGUCCGGUGGCGGGACCGGAGCACCUGGUCACCGUCCACGACGGACGCACCGUCGACUAUGUGGCCCGGCCCGAGUACAGCUUCGCCUAUGGCGUCGAGGAUGGCAAGACGCGCGUGCUGCAGAAUCGCAAGGAGACGCGCCACGGCGACGAGGUGCGCGGCGUCUACAGCGUAGUCGAUCCGGAUGGCACUUUGCGUGUGGUUAAAUACACGGCCGACGAUGCCAACGGCUUUCAGGCGGAGGUUAUUACGAACGGUGUGAAAACUCUGCAUGGCCAUGGGGCCGAGGGGGAUGCGGGUGGCGGGGCGGUGGACAACCAGGUGAGGCACGACAGCUCCGAGGCCCAAGGAGCGCCAGCGGAGGAGGGGGACGAGGAGGAGGAGGAGGAGGAGGGGGAACGGGCACCACACCGAGCUCCCCACAAGGGAAACGGGCAAUACGAAGUCCACGAGGACUACGACGAAGGAGGCGGCGAGGGGGAGAAGCAGGAGGAGGGGGAGGAGGAGGGCGACCACCAGGAGUACGAGGGCAGCAGCGAAGAGGGAUACGUGGAGGCAGAUGCUCACAGUCAGCAGGAGGAGGCCAGCAGCGAGGAUUACUAG